AUGGUUUUGAGAGGCUUGAAGAAACUUCGCUCGUCGAAGGAAAAAUUCUUCAGCAAGCUAAGCAACGAAAACAUCAGCGACACGGAUUAUGAAAGAGCCUGUACCGUAUGGAAUACCUUCAACAUGAAGACCAUGAGGAACUACCACGAUCUGUACUUGAAUACGGAUGUCCUUCUUCUAGCAGAUGUGAUGGAAAACUUCAGAAAGGUUUGUAAGACCAACUACGGGUUGGAUCCUAUGUGGUACUAUACAGCACCCGGGCUGGCAUGGGACGUUGCGCUGAAGUUAACCGGUGUGGAGCUGGACCUCAUCUCCGAUCCGGAUAUGUACCUAUUCAUCGAAAAGGGUAUUCGAGGCGGGAUCAGCACCAUUACCAAAAGGUAUGCCAAAGCAAACAAUAAGUAUAUUGAACUCUCAAAGGGCCUAACCGGGUUGGAAAGGUUCAAAAAGUGGAUGGGAAAAAAGUUUUCCGGUUUAUCAGCCGUAAUCAUAUCUAUGGUCGGCAUGAUUAUUUCAAUCAUUACCGGUACAAAACUGGUGGUCGACCGUAACGGUGAAGAGCGGUCUACAUACAAUCCCUAUAUGGACGCGAACAACCUAUACGGAUGGGCAAUGAGUCAACCUCUACUCAUCAGGGACUUCAAAUGGAUGAAUGAUGAAGAACUGAAGAAGUGGACGGACUACAGCUGCAUCCUCGAAGUGGAUCUGGAAUACCCGACGAACUACAGACAUAACGAAUACCCUCUUGCACCUGAAAGAAUAAUGGUUAAAAAGGUGGCGAAAAGCUAAUUCCGAAUCUUAACAGUAAGCAAAAAUACGUCCUUCACCAUAAGAACCUAGAACAGUAUUUAAGCCUGGGUUAAAACUCACUAAGAUCCGCCGUGGAGUGAAAUUCUACGAAAAUUCCUGCAUGAAGGAGUAUAUUCAGCUCAACACGGACCUGCGCACCAAAUGUACUACAGACUUCGAGAAGGACUUUUUUAAGCUUAUGAACAACUCGGUAUUUGGAAAGACGAUGGAGAACGUCAGGAAUAGGGUUGACAUCAGACUCGUCAACGACGAGAAGAAGUGGAACAAGCUGGCUCAAAAGCACAACUUUAAAUCCGCUACCAUCUUCUCCGAAAACCUUGUAGCAGUUCACAUGAGGAAGACAUCCGUAAAACUGAAUAAACCUAUCUACUUAGGGAUGAGCAUCCUUGACAUCAGUAAGACACUCAUGUACGACUUCCACUACAAUUACAUUAAUCCAAAGUAUGGGGAGAUGCCAGGCUCCUAUUCACAGACACAGACUCCCUGUGUUAUGAAAUUUAUACCGAAGAUUUCUUCAAGGAUAUAUCCGACGAUGUCCACGAAAGAUUCGACACCAGCAAUCCGAUGGCUACGGCUAGUUUUAGAAUUCCUUUCGGAUUACUAGGUACUCCAAGACUGUCACCUGUAAAUUUUUUGCUUACCACUGACACAGCGACUGCUCCGAGUGUAAUAAGUCCGGCUUCGAAGGCUUCGUUCAUAAAGUCCUUCCUAUCUCCCAUGCUUUAUUAUAUAGUAAUAUUAUUUUUUUAGUCUUCUUCACCGAAUUCGUAGGUAUUCUGAUGGUUGUGUGGUUUUGGGGGUUUGUCCAUUGAGGCAAUUGUUACCAUGUUGUCCCCGAGGUGGAACCCAACUCCCAAUAACCCCAGGACUGGCUCCGGUGUGA